AUGGACCUAGCACUGUCGGGCACGAUGCUGCAAAGCAGCGAGGUUGAUACCGAUACCAUCAUGCAAGGAAAUGAGCUUCGGUAUUCGGCAAAUGCCAACGUACAAAACGGUUUUAUGGACCCUCGAGAACUGCACCCAUUCCAAUCAAAUGAUCUCACUGAGUCAACCGAAGACCAUUCACCAAGUCAGUCACAACGAACAACAGAAACCACCACAACAUCCAACGCUCUCCGAAGAUUACUUCUGCCUACCGGAUGCUGCUACGAUGAUAGGAUGAAGUAUCACGCCAAUGCUGAUUUCUCGGCCAACCCUCAUCACCCCGAGGACCCCCGCCGGAUAGAGGCCAUUAUGAGGGAGUUCAGAGAUGCUGGUCUGAUAUAUGAAGGGAGUGACUCUGAUCUUGACAAUAUCUUGAAGAUAUCACCAACACGGUACAUGGCACGUAUCCAAGCACGGGAGGCUCGAGAAGAUGAGAUCUGCACAGCUCAUACUGCAUCACACUAUGAAUGGGUUCGCUCCCUAUCGUACAAAUCUCCUGCCGAGCUUCGGGCCAUGACAAUUACAUUUGACGAGGGCCGGAAGUCGCUGUAUGUUGGCACUCUAACACACUACGCUGCGCUGAUCUCCGCCGGUGGUGCUAUCGAAACUUGCAAGAACGUCGUCGAAGGUCGAGUCAAGAACGCUAUCGCAGUCAUCCGACCGCCCGGCCACCACGCCGAGCAUAAUGAAUCCAUGGGUUUCUGCAUCUUCAAUAAUGUCCCUAUUGCUGCCAAAGUUUGCAUGCAAGACUACCCCGAUGUUUGUCGCAAGGUUCUCAUUCUCGACUGGGAUGUACAUCACGGAAACGGCAUACAGAAUAUAUUCUAUGAAGACCCGAAUGUUCUUUAUAUUUCCCUCCAUGUCUAUCAGAAUGGGCAAUUUUAUCCAGGCCAACCCGAGGACGAAGGACUUCCGGAUGGAGGACCUGAGAACUGUGGCGCUGGACUCGGAGUCGGCAGAAAUGUCAACAUAGGCUGGCACGAGCAAGGCAUGGGCGAUGGCGAAUACAUGGCAGCGUUUCAAAAGAUCGUCAUGCCAAUUGCCCAGGAAUUUGACCCAGACCUAGUUAUCAUAUCUGCAGGAUUCGAUGCUGCUGCAGGCGAUGAGCUGGGAGGUUGUUAUGUGUCUCCGGCUUGCUACUCCCACAUGACACACAUGCUCAUGUCUCUGGCGAACGGAAAGCUGGCUGUCUGUCUUGAGGGCGGAUACAAUUUACGUGCUAUAUCGAGAUCAGCCCUUGCCGUCGCGAAGACAUUGAUGGGCGAGCCCCCAGAGAGGAUGGAGUCGAUUCCACCCCUGAAUAAAAAGGCGGCGCGCGACCUUGAGCAUGUGAGAGCAUAUCAAAGCGCGUAUUGGGAUUGCAUGCGGCCCGGUAUCGUCCCCAUCAGGGAGAUGGAAGACCGCAAUGCGUCGAGACUGAGCGAGGUGGUUCGAGCCUAUGCAAAGAAAAUCCUCAGCGAGAAGCACAACAUGAUCACGAUGCCUAUUCUGCGGAACAAAAUCUGCAAAUCCUUUGAUAAUCAGGUCUUGGUCACGCCUAUGAUUCAUCAAGCGCGGAAAAUAAUGCUCAUUGUACAUGAUCCGCCUGAGAUAGUAGCGCAAGCAGAUUCUCUCGAUAAUUCAGUAUUACCGCAUAAUGCCUGGGUGGUGAACGAUUUGCUGCCAUAUGUCGACUGGGCUAUCGCAAAUGGUUUCGGCGUUAUCGACAUCAACUUCCCUCGAGAGAUCAAGCCUACUGAUAACCAGCCCUACUUGCCUAACAGCACCGAGGUUGAUAUCCAGCAACUAUCUAAGGAUCUUCUGAGCUAUCUGUGGGAUAACCACUUGCAACUCAACAUAUCUGCCCCAAUCGUUCUGCUAGGAGUGGGUGACGCCUAUCUGGGCAUAAAACAACUCCUCACCUCACGAGAUGUCAAAGCUCGCAUCCCCUGCGUCCUCUCCUACGUAACAGGCUCUCUCCGACCCGUCAAAUCCGAAACCGACCCCAACCUUUCAUCAUGGUACAAACAAAACUCCCUGAUCUACGUCUCUAGCGACCAUUCUUGUUGGAACGACGAAGAUAAUGCCAAACGCGUCCGCAAGAAUCGGUUUGGCGCCGUGAAGAAGAGCGAAGUUACUGGCCUCGGGAGGAUGUUGAAGAAGUACGAGAAGGAGGCCGAGAGCUGGGUGCUGGAGAAAGUUAAUGACUGGGAGAGCAUCUACGGGGGUGAUCCGGAUGAGACCGAGGAGGAAGAGUUAACUGCGGGUAGUAGUACCAGGGGACUUCCCGAGGAAUCAUCAACGGGUACUCGCAUGCUUGUUGAUGGCAGGGCGGGUGGCAUUCCUUGA